AUGACCACCACCACUUUUGAAUAUUCAAGGUACCUUGCACUCUGCAGAGAUGUAACAGCAUAUUCCGGCUGUACUCUCACACCUUCCCUAUCAACCACAAGCGCACUGGUAAUGUCUGUGAGUUCUGUGGUGACACCUUCACUGAACUCUGCAACCCACAUGAGCAUUUCUUCUUCAAAUGCAGGAAUUUCGGUGGAGCUAAUGGUAUUGAUCAAACUCUUAAUCAUCUUCCUCUUGGCCAUGCUACCAGCCGCUGUAUUUGUGUUCUGUGCUGACGGGAAAACCCAAUCCACUGGUUUAACCUGUUCAAACUAUCCACAGCUGCGGACGUUAACUCUAGUAAAUAGGUUAUCAUUCCGCUCGGUAACACUUCCACUGUUAACCUUCCGUUCCCUGUCUCCACAUUCCCUUAAAGAUACUUAG